AUGGUACUUGAUCGACUAAUUCUACAGAUGAUAGAAAAGAAGCCGACGGAGACUUUUAGGCAGUACGCGCAAAGGUGGAGGGAUAUUUCGGCUCAAGUAGAACCCCCAUUGACUAAAACUAAAAUAACGGUCCUCUUUAUCAACACUUUGAAAGCACCGUUUUAUGAUAAGUUAGAAGGAAGUGCCACGAAAGACUUCGCAGAUAUUGUAAUAUCUGGGAAACUUAUAGAAAAUGCCAUAAAAAGUGGAAGGAUGGAAGGUUUCGAGAGCUCGAAAAGGGCAGCACCUGUAAAGAAAAAAGAGGCAGAAGUCUAUAUGGUGGGAACUGAGAAUCACUACACUUCUAAUUCGUAUCCAACCCAGCCACGACCUCGAUAUUGCCCACCUCCGAACUUCUAUUAUCCUCCCCAAAGCCCUUACCAUCAAGCACCACCUCAUUACCCUUCUUACCCCGUCUAUGCCACAAAUAACCAAAGACCAGUCACUACGUUUCCACAGAAUACCAUGCCAGCUCAAAGCCAACCUAAAAAUGAACAAAGACCGACAAGAUCCAAUCCUGAAAAACCCCAGUUCACCCUAAUUCCCGUGUCAUACGGAGAGCUGUACCCAAAACUGUUGGAAAAACAAUUAAUAUCCUCACAUUAUAUGGCACCCCUGAAGCCUCAAUACCUAAAAUGGUACGAUCCUAAUGCCAGUUGCAUGUACCACGCUGGAAAUCAGGGGCAUUCUACAGAAAAUUGUCUAGCCUUUAAAAGGAGGGUUCAAGGUCUUAUCGAUGCAGGCAUUUUACGAUUUGAUGGUGCUAGAAAUACGGCUAGAAAUCCGCUCCCUAACCACACUGAAGGGAACGUGAGCGUGGUGACAAAAGAAGACAGAAGGCAUGCCAAAAGUUGUGUUUCGGAAAUAAAGACACCGUUGCGAAAGAUUUGGGAGGUAAUGUUUGAAAAAGGGCCGUUCUGUCAUCCCAAUAGAAUUUUCAAAGAAGGAAAUACAAAAAGUCAAUGUUUUUGUGAUUUUCAUGGGAUCGAGGGGCAUGACAUCCAGUCUUGUGAAGGAUUUAGAAAACUACUUCAAGACAUGAUGGACAACAAGGAAGUCGAGAUCUUUAACAAAAUGAAAGAGGCCGAUGAAGGAGAAGUAUGUAUUUCUGAUAAUCAAUCGUCAGGUUUCCCUUAUAGCGUCGAUCGAUCAUUGGUGAUUUAUUACGAUGCAAAAAAAGAACAAGUGAAACUGAAAAUGAUAAUUGAAGUACCAUCUCCUUUCCCUUACAUAGGCAACAAGGCGGUACCAUGGAAAUACGAUGUCAACAUUAUCACCUGA